CCGUUGUGCUCAAGGCCGACCUUCCAACUGUUCCCGUUAUUCUUUUUAAGAUAAAUAUGUAGGAAGCUUGUUAGUAGUUAUCGCUUCAGAUUAUUCCACAAUUUCCCACUUACUUUUCGAGUGAGCUAGGGUUUUUAAUUUUUAUUUUAAAAGGGUGAAACCACUAUUCAGUUUGUUAUGGCAUUUUUGAUACAUUCCGUUCAUGUGUUUCUUACAACGCAACUGCAGUUGCGUUCAUUAGUAGUAUAGAUACUUUUAUCACUUCGGUGUAUAAAAAUGAAAGUUCCAGUUAGAUACUUUAGGCGUUAUCUAUACUCAUAGCCAUGCUGUUCCUGAACUACUCAGUGUAAUACUGAACAAAGCUUUGUUCUCAAAUGGUUUGUUUAAGCCCACAUACUAGAACUCAGUGCUAGUUCUCAGCAUUACUGGCACUAAUUCAGCACCCUUUUCUUCUCUUAAGUAUUUUCAAAACUAUAUCAGCUUAACAGCGUUGUUUCAAGUUACUUGAUAUGAUUAUUAGCAAUAGUUUGUGCUCGAAACGUCAUCAGUUAAUAUUACUGUACAACACUGUGUGAUUUAUCAAAAUAAAAUCUUAUCCACAAUGGAGUUAACAUGACAACAGUUUUUGGGGAAGUAACUAUGAAGUCCCACUAAAAUUGUCUCUUUUUUAUUCCACUGAGAAAUAUAAGCUUUUGAUCAAGCCCACACAUGUGUCACAGUAAUUCGGAAUGCUCACACACUAUGUGAAACAAUGAGUGGAGAUUAUGAUUUCCUUAAAGUGGAAAUAUUAUGGAUCGCUUGAGUAGAUUGAUUUUUCGGUUAAUUAUUAUACCUAUCAUUUUAUUAUUUGUUCCGAGUAGAAUAUGGGGCUUCAGAGUCAUGCGUCCAUUGCUCUUUGUUUGAGGUGUAUUCAACAUUUUUUGGGGUAGUUGGAAGAAGUAACAAAAUGCCAGGAAUAGGGGGUUAGAAGUGUAAUACCAAUUUCCUAAUCAGGCGAUUUGCAUUAAGGUGAUCACAAGGUGACGUGGUUUUACUGUUAUCCGAAAUGCAAAACUUCACCAGUCCAUGAAGCAACAAAGGUGAAAGAAGAAUUUCUAAAAAGUGGGAAUAUGACAAACCUCACAGAAACAUGCUACAGGACGGCAUUUAAAAUUACAAAAACGUUCCUGCAUUCCCUCUACCCAGCAUUUCAAUUUUCGGUCAUACCAAAUCUGCGAAAUUUAUUAUGGUGGAUGGUUUGUCUUGCAAAUCAGUUAUCAAUGUUAAUGCGGAACUAUUGGAAAAAAUAUUCAUAAAAAAGCAUACUUUAGCAGUGACGUCUUCCGCUGAUAUAUAUCUUGGAUUUUGGAAUGACAGGAGUGUUGUCGUGAAACGCUUUCGUGAAAAUUGUUUGCAUUUGGCACGGAAAGAAUUAUCAAUUAUCGCACAUAUUGAACAUGAAAAUAUCAUAAAGUUAAUUGCUGCUGGACCUGCAUUGCCACACAGUCUUUCUUUUUUAGUUCUUGAAUAUGCCGAGUGUCAGUCAUUACAGAAAGUGCUGUAUGACUUUCCUGAAGUUCAUUAUAAUCUGCUGCAUGUCUUGAUUUGGACUUUACAAAUUAGUCGGGCUUCAGACUACUUGCAUCGUCUAUGUUCCCCUCCAAUUGUACAUGCAGAUAUUAAGCCGUCAAAUAUUCUAGGCUUUGAUAAAUUGCGUCAUGUUAAAUUGGCUGAUUUCGCAUCGUCUAGAACUGUACCAUAUAAUGAACCCUCCAUAUACGGGACCUUAUGUUACAUGGCUCCGGAAUUGUGGACAGUCCGAACUGGGGAAGAUGUACCAUAUUCAGGGAAAUCAGACGUUUAUAGUUUAAUGAUUACAUUUUGGGAAUUCUUAGCUCGUCAGCCACCCUAUGAAGUUCUUAAAAGGCGAGAUGUAUCAGAUAAAUUUUGGUCUUCUAUUACUGAACGACCACCUCUGCUAGAUGGAUGUCCUGAAUUACUAAACAGCAUUCUUCAAAGUGGUUGGUCUGUAGAUCCUGGAUUGCGUCCUACCAUGUUGCAGUUAAGCCAAUGUCUGGAAUGCAUUAUUAAAAAACUCUUCCCAGUAGACAUCACGAGUCAGGGUAUCGACAUUCCUGAUCACUACUUCGAUUUUUCAAAGUGUAACUUGCUGAAUACUUGAAGGUUUGUACAUCAUAUUUAAUAUACUGUAAAAUACGGGAAGUAAUCUUUUAUAUAAUUCAUACUCAAAUUCGUGAUUGUUACCCACCAUUCAAUCAAGAAUUUUCUAUUUAAAAUAAAAAAGUUAAAUCAAAGCUGU